GCUAAUCGUCUCUACACGGAGACAUUACUGACAGGUUUUUACGGAGACUGUUUGAAGAGACUGAAUUAAAACGAUCAGCUUGUUGUGUCUGAGGUAAUCUGAUUUUCAGACUUCCAUCCAGCAGGUGGCAGUAAUGCACCUAUAAGUUCGUUGCCACUCAGCAAAAACAAUAAAGAAGAAGAAGACGUGUCUUGAAGGGGAAGAGACUAUCAUCAUUUACCAAGUCUUCUCCUUAAAUGAAAGUUAAAUAUGAGAAGUACUAAGAAGGCAUUAUCUGGUCUGAACACAUCUCAUGAAGAAAUGAAGGAGGAAAGUUACCAGUGGUCAAGUUAUGGGAAGAUAUUUAGUUACCAAAGUAAUUUGAAAAAAGCUCAGCAAGUUUACACGGAAGAGAAGCCGUAUCUCUGCACUCAGUGUGGAAAGUGUUUUACCACUGCUAGUGAAGUACGAACACACCAGCGCAUUCACACUGGAGAGAAGCUGUAUCCAUGUUUACAGUGUGGAAAGAGUUUUGCUUCCUCUAGAAAUCUUCGGAUACACCAGCGCAUUCACACUGGAGAGAAGCCAUAUUUCUGUUUACAGUGUGGAAAGAGUUUUACCACUGCUAGUAAUUUCCAAACCCACCAGCGCAUUCACACGGGAGAGAAGCCGUAUCCAUGUUUACAGUGUGGAAAGAGUUUUGUUCGUUCUAGUGAUCUUCGGAUACACCAGCGCAUUCACACUGGAGAGAAGCCCUAUUUCUGUUCACAAUGUGGGAAGAGUUUUACCUCUGCUGGUGGCCUUCAAACACACCAGCGCAUUCACACAGGAAAGAAGCCGUAUCCAUGUUUACAGUGCAGGAAGAGUUUUGUUAAUUCUUAUAAUCUUCAGAGACACCAGCGCAUUCACACAGGAGAGAAGCCGUAUCCCUGUUUAGAGUGCGGGAAAAGUUUUGUUAAUUCUCAUCAUCUUCGGAGACACCAGCGCAAUCACACGGGAGAGAAGCCGUAUCCAUGUUUGCAUUGCGGAAAGAGCUUUAAAUCUGCUGGUGAAAUACGAACACACCAGCGCAUUCACACAGGAGAGAAGCCGUAUCCAUGUUUACAGUGCGGGAAGAGUUUUGUUAAUUCUAGUCAUCUUCGGAGACACCAGCUCAUUCACACAGAAGAUAAGCCGUAUCCAUGUUUACAGUGCGGGAAGAGCUUUAAAUCUGCUGGUGAAAUACGAACACACCAGCGCAUUCACACAGGAGAGAAGCCGUAUCCAUGUUUACUGUGCGCGAAGAGUUUUUCUAAUUCUUCUAACCUUCGAAAACACCAGCGCAUUCACACAGGAGAGAAGCCUUAUUUUUGUUCACAAUGUGGGAAGAGUUUUACCUCUGCUGGUGGCCUUAAAAUACACCAGCGCAUUCACACAGGAGAGAAGCCGUAUCCAUGUUUACACUGUGGGAAGAGCUUUAAAUCUGCUGGUGAAAUACAAAUACACCAGCGCAUUCACACAGGAGAGAAGCCGUAUCCAUGUUUACAGUGCGGGAAGAGCUUUAAAUCUGCUGGUGAAAUACAAAUACACCAGCGCAUUCACACAGGAGAGAAGCCGUAUCCAUGUUUACUGUGCGCGAAGAGUUUUUCUCAGUCUUCUAAUCUUCGGAUACACCAGCGCAUUCACACAGGAUUAAAGCCCUAUUUCUGUUCACAAUGUUAUGGGAAGAUAUUUAGUUACCAAAAUAAUCUGAAAAAAGACCAGCGUGUUCACACUGGAGAGAAGCCGUAUCCCUGCUCACAGUGCGGGAGGAGUUUUGCUAUUUCUAGUCAUCUUCGGAGACACCAACGCAUUCACACUGGAGAGAAGCCAUAUCACUGCUCACUGUGUGGGAACUGUUUUACUACUGCAGGUUACCUACGAACACACCAGCGCAUUCACAGUGGAGAGAAGCCGUAUCCCUGCUCAUAUUGUGGGAAGAGCUAUAAAAGUGCUAGUGAAGUACAAACACACCAACGUAUUCACACAGGAGAGAAGCCGUAUACCUGUUCACAGUGCGGGAAGAGUUUUGCUAUUUCUGAUCUUCUUUGGAGACACCAGCGCACUCACACUGGAGAGAAGCCAUAUCACUGCUCACUGUGUGGGAACUGUUUUACUACUGCAGGUUACCUACGAACACACCAGCGCAUUCACACUGGAGAGAAGUCGUAUCCCUGCUCACAUUGCGAGAAGAGCUUUAAAAGUGCUAGUGAAGUACGAAGACACCAGCGCAUUCACACUGGAGACAAGCCGUAUCCCUGCUCACAGUGUGAGAAAAGUUUUACAUCUGCCGGUAACCUCCAAACACAUCAGCGCAUUCACACAGGAGAGAAGCCGUAUGCAUGUUUACAAUGCGGGAAGGGUUUUGCUACUUCUAGUCAUCUUCGGAAACACCAGCGCAUUCACACAGGAGAGAAGCCCUGGAAGUCAGCUGACGACCAAAAUGUACUGAAUGACCUGGCUAUUCCAUCUAUGGAAUUUUUACUCUCCUGAUGUCUCAGACAUAUUCCAGUAUUCAGAUUGUGAAAGAGUGGUUCUGGGAAAAUGAGGAAUCAUUUUCACACAUGACCUGGACACAUUGUGUGUGCUCUAGUCACGCUUUUCUUUUAGGGUGGCAGUGUACAUUAACAUGGGUUUCGGUGUUGGGCUACAAUGAACUGAGUUUUACCCCAUACCCGGUUUGCAACUAUUGUGAACUUCUUCAAGAAGCAAUUUAUUCAGUCAUAAAAUUACAAAGUUACAUGAUCUCAUUCACUCUAAAUGGCUGAAAGAGCCACUUGAUUGGACUCUAGGCUUGGAUCUAGUAUUGUUGAUUCUGAAACCAUGUCUCUAGGUCUGUGGUCAUUAGUUCUCUCAGUUAACUAAUCAUUAGCUGUUUUAGGGCUUACCAAGGUAUAUGAUGGUCAUCUUCAGUGCAGCAGUUAGAGACAUACAUUCAGAUAGAACAUGCUCAGUAUUAGGGGUCGCCCUGUCCAAACAAAAGGACUGACAUUUAUCAUUUUACUAUUCUUGUUAUCUGUAUUUUUUUAAUCUGAUUUCUCUUUAAAUAUAUCCAUUUACAAAUGUGCUAAACUGGCUUUGAAGUGUAGCCACUUGGUGGGCUCAAGCCAUGUCCCACCCGCAGCAAGGUUUGAUUGGUUCAAUGUCACCAGUAACCAUCAACCCUGAAGCCUGCACCAUAUUUACAACAGAGUAUAACAGUUUUGCUUGCCGAAGCAGCUUCGGAAGUGUGUUCACUUUUUUAUAUUUUUAUUUGUAUGUUUAUUUUUUUAACAAAAUUCAGUUAACUUAAGAAAUCCUACUGAAAGCUCCCUUCACUUCAAGAUAAAAAGUUUUUUAAAGGCUAUAAAAACUUUUUCCCAAACAAAGUUAGUACCCAGCUUUUCCACUCGCUCUCCAGAGCAGCUUUUGUGAUUGAAAUACCUGUUUAACACAGUUACUCACUCACUCAUUCUCACUUUAUUAUAGCGAUGCAGGGCAUUUGAAUUUGCAGACUCUGCAACUCUGAAGCAAGUUCAUAGUGUGUUUUCUGGCUGGGGGUCAUUUGAUUGGAUGUGAUCACCUAAAUCCAGGAAUUCUGCCAUUAAAAGCAAGCUUAAAGGCAUUUCAACAAAGUUUUAUAUGGGAUAUUGUCAUUCUAAAUUUUGAAAAUUUAAGGUUAAGAUUUUAAUUUUUUUGCUGCAAAUACACGUUUGUUGCUGUAAGAGUUAUUUUAUAUAAAAGGAGUUAUUUCUACACUCUUGCUCUCUUCCUCAUAGGUAGAUUCACUUCAUUACUCAUCUAAGUAGCUACUUCUUCAGUCUGAGGAACUUCCAGUCCAGAAGUCUGAUAACCUCACCUGGACUGAGAAUCUUCACGGACAAUGACCACCAUUUGUAUUGAUAGUAUGAAGAUGCAGGAAAGGAGAACUAAAUAAGAAAAAAAAAUAAUAAUAAAGGAGCCAGAUAUGACUUAUCUAUAUGCAGUCUGUACUACAUGCAUUAUAAUGCCUGAUGUAUAGUUAGGUCCAUAAACUUUGGAUCAAUGAGAAUUUUGUUUUGCCAUUUGGACCACUGCACUUAAUUUUGUAAUGAAACAAGAUGAGAGCAAAAUAGAGACAACUUUAAUUCGAUGGGUUUGACGAAAGUGUGACAUUAACAAUUCAGGAAUAACAGACAUUUCCUACACACAUUUUUGGAGUGGGCUCCAAAAUAAUGUAACAAAUGACAAUGACCAAAACACAAUUAAAAUACAGUAUGUUACUCCACAUCCAGCUACACAAAUGUAAAGAAGAACAUAAACAUAUACAUCGUAUAAACACAUACUUAAAAUGAUUCUAUAAUUGAUUAUAAAAUAAAGAUGGAU